AUGUAUAGCCACAGAUCUAGAGGUCCUGGGUUCGAGUCCAGGGUCUUGCUAAGUUCAGUUUUGAGUAUGUCUGUCAAGAAAUUCUCAGGAACAGCUCGCAGUUGGGAAAAUGGCAUUUUGUUACCCCCGUGCCUCGGAGAGCACGUAAAGAUGGCGGUCUUGUGCCUUAACCUGGUCACACCACAGCAGUUGUCUAGCAGCGUAGCAGUCGUCCCACCGGUGUAUGAGAGUGACAGAAAUAUG